AUGCACUCCGCAGGCUGGAGGAUAGCUGUGCUAUUGAACCUUCUUGGCGUCGCUGGUGUCCUCGCAUCACCAGCACCUCAAUUCACGGCGCCUCCAGAGACAACAGUCGCACCGGAUGCCUGUGCCAAGAUCGCUUCUGCGACGGACGCGCAGCUCGCUGCUGACCCAGCUGUAGCUGCGUCAAUCGCAUAUGAUUGUUUGCAGACUGUGCCGAAUAAGGUCGAGCCAGCACAGAAGCUCAUCAACAGCAUAAAGGCAUUUGUGCAAUGGCAGAGCACAUUGGCCUGGCUAAAGGAUCCUCCAGCGUCUUAUAUGCUCCCAGCAGUGGACAUAGAAGCGGGUUUGGACACCAUCUCUACACAAGUUGACGCAGGUGACUUUCUAAGUGAAUAUGAGUUUGGGCUUGCGAUUGUCGAAUUGUUCGCGUCAGCUCAUGAUGGCCACUUUGCUUUCCGUCCCGAUGUGUUCAAAGGCUUUACGUUUAGGAAUAGCCUAGCAUUUGAUCUUGUGUCGGUCUCUCGAGACGGCUUAGAGAUCCCCAAGCUGUAUCAUUAUGCCGACCUGAACGACACAUUGCCGACUGGAGACGCAGCCAUGCCAGCGGCUGUUGUUGAAAUCAACGGUCAGGAUGCUGCUGCUGUUAUCGAAGGCUUGGAUCUCAAAUUCAGCAGCUUCCAGGACCCUGAUUCACAGUGGAACUCUCAGUUCCAGACCUACGCGACGCCGGACGCGCUUCCUAUCGUCGGAGCAUCGCUUGCUUAUCAAGGACCCUCAACGACGUUCACCUAUGACAACGGUGAGAAUAAGACGGCGGAAAGCUUCGCAAUCAUCAGACCGGGAGCAAACUUCACUGGAGUCGUGACCGGCGAGGAUUACUACCAGCGAUUCUGUAACCCGGAUCUCAGCCUGGCAGCGGAGGCAGCGUCUUCGACGACCUCGACAUCUAGUUCAGCAAGCAGCACAGAGACCGCAACAACACUUGCCGCGCCCGAGCCAACAAUUCAGGGAUUCCCAUUCCCGGUCAUUCGAGACAGCGGCUCAAACACGACAGCAGGCUACUUUUUAAACGGCACUGGCUAUGAUGACGUUGCUGUCUUGUCCGUUCUCGGCUUCUCACCUUUCGGAACCUUUGAUACCAUCGAGUACCUGACUAAUUUCCAGUCGACUUUGGAGGAGUUCUUGGCCAAGUCCAAAGAGGCAGGCAAAACAAAGCUUGUCAUUGAUGUAACUGCAAAUGGUGGCGGCUUUGUUGUCGCCGGCUAUGAGCUUUUCAUCCAAAUCUUCCCUGACGUUGAGCCAUUCCAAGCGCACGACUUGAGACUAAGUGAGAGUCUAGAGAAGAUGGGUCGGAUUGCUGCAUCGUUACAAGACCAAAUCCUUACUGUCGACUCAUCUAAUAUUACCACGGACGAGCAAUUCGCACUCGCGGUGCUGCAACAGAGCUCUGUUGUCAGCAACCUCAUUCCCGGCGGUGUAUUUAGUCCAGACGGUGCGAACCUCACGACCGUCGAUGAGAUUCUCAGUCCUGUGACUCUACAGCGUGAUAGGUUCACGGCGUAUCAACAGACACCGCUCAAUGACACAAGCUCCACGUUCAACCUCACGGGGACCGGCAACCGUGCUAACCCACCUCCGGCCGUCUUCGAGCCAGAGAAUGUGGUGAUCCUCACGGACGCUGCAUGCUCAUCGACGUGUACCCUCUUCUCUUAUCUCAUGAUCAAUCAGCUCAACAUUAAGACUGUUGCUGUGGGUGGUCGACCUAAUGCCGGGAAGAUGCAGUCUGUCGCCGGAGUUGAGGGCGCACAAGUCUUCCCCCUAGAUGAGAUCUCCGCCGCUGCAUCCGCCGUCAUGUUCCUGAGCCCCGAGUCCGAGCAAGAGGCAUUGAACGGCACCGAACUGGGAAUCAUUGCGGAGGGCUAUGCCAUCAGCCGAGCCGCCAACCCUGACAGCCCUGGUGCUGUGAACGGCAAGAAUGCGUUCUCCAUGACAGACGCGGAGACGCCCCUGCAGUUCCUCUAUCAGCCGGCGAACUGCCGCUUCUUCUACACGGCGCCCAUGAUCUACGGCCCCGAGGAGGUGUGGAAGCGAGCGGUCGACGCGACGUGGACAGAUCCAGCCAAGUUCUGCGUUGACGGAAGUCAGAUGCCGCAGCUUGGUGUCCAGAGGGCUGAUGUGAAGUUCUUUUCGGGUGAUUCGGCUAAGACGGAGUCGAAAGAGUCUACCAACGCGGCUACGAGGACUGUUAUUGCGGGAGGCGUACAGGUUACGGCGUUGUUGGCGACAUGGGUGGUCAUGAUGCUCUUCAUGUAA